AUGCAUCCUCAAGCCAAGCAAGUUUCCAACUCACGCCAAAACCAAACACUUCAACGUGCAUGUGGCUCCUCUUUGAACAAAGUCGCAUCGACUGCCAUACCAACCUCUCGUUCUCAUUCCUCUCGCUCAGCAUCUUCCAACCGUCGUCACUCGCACAAGAUUCCCGACGAUCUCGACAAGAAUGCGGUAUUCUUUCCCAAGUACAAAGUCGAGAUGCUCAUCAACACCAAAAACACUGAAAGAAGGACCUCCGACAGGCCACCCCGUCCUCCCAAUUCCUUUUUCCUCAUGAAAAAUGCCUUACUUUUGAUACUCCGAGAAAUGAAUCUCAAAGUCAAGAUGCCCGAAUUGUGUCGUAAAGCACGCGACUUGUGGGAUGAGGCUCCAAAAGAGUCGAAACAACUCUACGAAGAUUUGUCAUCAAAAGCCGAACGGCUUCACCAUAUAAGAUAUCCUGGCUACACUUACAAACCGGUGAGAAGGCAAAUAUUCCAACCAUACUCGCCAAUCCUCAACAGUGCGGGAAAUCUCAUUACCAGUUUUCCUGUCCAAGAUUUUCCUGUGGAAGACCCCAAAGAAACUGUUGUGCAAACAGAAGCACCCACCUAUUCCAUUACCCUUACUACACCAUCCGAUUCGCCUGCGACACCUACGCUGAUUUCGUCUCCAGAGAGUCUGGUUUCUCUCAACACACCAAUGCCUUCACCAAGCUAUCUCAUGGUUAUUCCUACGCCUGAGGCCAGCACCACUCCUUUAUACUCACCACAAGAGUAUCAUUUCGUACCGGUAUCGCCAAUAAGCGAUUCUGAACCGGUCAUCUUGAGCAACGAUUCGUGGAAUGUGGGAGAAUACGAGGAUUUCCCUUUAACUAGCCAACAAACUGAAACCCCAGAAAUCCCGAUAGACGCUCAAACAAUUGCCGAAAGCGGAUUCGGACUGGACAAUAGUAACUUUGAAGAAUUACUUUCGCAAAUGGAGGGAUACAUGUGGGAGAACCCAAGAAAUGACAUAUGA